GAGCUCUCCAGCUUUCCUCACUUUGAAUCUUGAUCAUGGUGGUGAGCAUGAAUGCUGCCUGCAGGUUGCAUUUACAGCGUAGUCACGACAAGAUGAGGAGGGUUUCUUCUGCUUCCGCACGUCUGCUGCAAGCGAAAUGACUCUGCAGCAUUGCCAUAUUCAUCUGCAGCAUUGCUACAUUCAUCCUAGAAGCGGCGCUGAAAGAAAGCUUUCCCUCCAUCGUUUGUGAAAUGGCGACGCGCCGUGCCCUGCGGUCAAGCCAAGCUGCAAGUGCUGCAGUUGGUAGCAAGAAUGGCCCUAAGAGCGGCGAUGCAGGAGUUGGAAAGCUAUUCAAGCUGGAUUCUCAGAGGAGAGACAAGAUAGAGCGGAACUUGGAUUUCUUCAGGGCCAAGCCAGCCUCGAGUGGAAGCAAGGGGGCAAAUUGGAUUCCACCGAAACCCCCACUCUCAGGAAGCGAGACUCGUGAUGAGGAGGUUGGCGCAGAGGGAUCUGAGGCGCAGAGACCUGAAGCGUCUUUGGCAGCGUCCACUUCAAAAGGCAAAGGUCUAAAGAGAAAGCUUCCAGAUGACUUUGAUGCGCCUGUCAACAAUCCGACAAUCAUCGACCAGAUCCAAUCAAAAGCUCCAAGCCCAUUCCCAAAAGCCCCCCCAAACACUCCAGCAGGAAGUCCAUUUUCGCCAAGGAGUCCGAAUGCCAGGGGUCAGCCAGAGCCGCUUGCUAAUGACCCUGGGAAGAACCUCCAGAAUGCCAGCAGAGGUGCGGAACAUGUGCUCAACGCCAGCGAGAAGGUCCGUUAUGAAAAAGCCAAGAUCAAGAUAAAGGAGCUCAAGGCGAAGAACCAAAUCCUGGAACGGACUGUGAAAGAGCAAAGCCAGCACAUCCUUUCCUUGGAAAGAAGCGUUGCAAGUGCGCGAGACAAGUUAGAGCUCCCUGACUUCCUUCAGCCGCAAUUUCUAAAGACAUGUCGUGGGUUGGCGGACCCAACCGAGAUGAAGACACGGGCGAGCUCGAAUCCGGCGAGGAUGACACGCAGGAAAUGCUCAAGGGCAAGCACUAUCGCAUCGCCUUCAAGAUGGCCAUGGGAGGAGUCUACACGGAGACUAUGCGCGCGCGCCAGGACGUGUUUGCGUAUUUCCUCAGAGUGGGAGAGCUGUAUUGGCUGGGUCAGCAAAUGAGCUCCACCAACGUGAACCGCGACCGUGAGGUGAUCCGCGAGUACGAGCAAAGCAUGAUUGAGUACGAGAACAACUACGGCCUCAAGUACGCGCGGCUCAUCAAGAAGCGCGCCCCGCCGGAGGACCUGAACACUGCACCGACCUCUGCUUGGCGGAUUUUGAAGGCUGGGGAGUCGCUCGACCUCGCGGGCGAGUGCAGCGGCGGGGACCGGAGCGAUGACGAGAGCGGCAGCGACACUGAAUAGGUCAUGAGAUCAUAUGAUGAGGCGCAUGUAAACUGCCGGCAACGUGAGUGACCGAAGAACCUUCACAAACAAGAGCUAGCUAGUCGACGGUCAAGCGUCAAGGUGGGUUCAGUUUGCAAGGGAUAGCACGUUCUGGGACCAGAUUUUCUCGUGACCCGCUCUGGGUAGCUUGAGACUGAUUCGGCUCAAGCUUGUGUGGCUUCGAGUCGUCCCUUUGUCAUUUGGUUUUAGAAUCCGGGUACCAGGCCGUUGAGGAACAUUUUGUGCGGAUAGCACCCUGGCUUGGAUAGGAGCCAACCACCAAACACUUUGACGGUCUCCUCUAGCCCGGUGGAGGCGGCCCUGUACGGCCGUUUCAACACUUGACAUGGGAAGUACUAUAUGCUCAGGCCCACUACUUCGCUUUCAAUGGUACUGACAUCCUUACUGGCCC